AUGUUACAACCGUUGAUGACAAAGUUUAUUCAUAUGUCCAUCGUCCUUCAGUCUAGUUGGGACUCUAGGUUUCCUUUGUCCGAUUCUGUCAAAGAAGAGCUUUUUUUUCUGGAAAGAGAACGUUCGGUGUUUGAAUGGUAGGCCCACUGGGCGUCACUUUUCAUGUUCUCGUCCCAUUGUUUAUUCAGAUGCUAGUGAUCUAGGGGUUGGCGGUGUUGUUAAGACCACGAGGGUGUUAUUUGUCAUCGUCCGUGGACUGCUAAUGAAAUGUUUCCCAGCUAUAUUUGUCUCUCUAGUUUUUCCGUAGUUUUGUCAGGGCGCGCGAUUUAAUGGUUUACGGAUAACCGCUACAUUCCGUCCAUUAUUCGCAACGGGAGUAUGAAGCGGGGUUUACACGAACUUUCCGUCUCUAUUUUUCAGCUAGUUUUGCGAAAUGGUAAUGAUUUGCAGGUGGACUGGAUUCCUAGGUCUCUCAAUGGGCACGUGGAUGCCAUCAGCAGGAUCGUUGACUUUGAUGAUUGGGGUGUUUCGUUUGAAUUUUUUCGCCUUGUAGACAACAUUUGGGGUCCACUUCCGUAGAUCGUUUUGCCCAUUCUAAUACCGCAAAUUACCCAGAUUUUUUUUUUUCUCGUUUCUGGUAUCCUGACUUGGAGGGGGUGGAUGCCUUUUGUUUUGACAGGGCGGGGGAGAAUAACUAGCUCGUUUCCCCAGUGUCCCUUGUUCCCAGGGUUAUUAGGCAUUUGUUUGUAUGUCGGUCCAUGGGCGCUAUUAUUGUCCCCAAGUGGGUCUCAGCUCCAUUUUGGCCCAUGCUCUUUGGUCCCCAUUCCCCCUUUUCCUUUUGCGUUAAAGAGACCAUUGUUUUUACCAAUGUUUCUAAUAUUUUUGUUCCGGGCUCCACAGAGUCUAUUUUUUAUGGCCCUAACUUUAGUCUCAUGUAUUAGCCGUCCGUUUGUCGGCUUGUUAGAUUUGUGCUUCUAGGCUUAGUUUCUUUUCCGCAGUUACGUGUAGUUAUUGUUUAGCCUAUAUUAAGUGUGGUUUAUUAUUUUUGAGUGAUUUGUUCUGUUUUUUUUUUGCCUCGGUGGCAUUUACGCGGGUCUCGGUGACCUUGUUUGUACCUUCACUGAUCCCGACGGGUCGUACCGUUACAUUCUUGCGUGACCUCGGUCAGUUUUGAAUCCUUCCAGGUCCCCCAUAUAUAUGGUCGCGUGCGCCUCGGUGGCCACUCUCUUGUUAUGUAUCUGUGUGAUAGUUGUAUGUUUUUGCACUACAUAUUACCGCGCGUUUCCUUUUUCUGCUCCUUUUUUCUCGUGCAUCUUUUUCAUUUUUUAAGUCCUUAUAUUGAAUCCAUAUGGUCUUUUAUUUCUUCUGUUUUUCAGAUGUUUUUCGCUAGCCCUAUGUGGGCUGAGCUUAACGAUGUCAGAGCUCCCUCCCUAAGCUGCGUAGCAAAGAAGCUACCGGAGGUAGUCCUUGGUUCCAGGGCAGAUUCGACUACUCUCAUCUACCUCAACAGUUUUAAGCGAUGGCGUGCUUGGGCCAACAGAUUUCCCGAGGUCGCAGUGCUGCCUGCUACUCCGGCUUACGUUUCUUCAUACCUGCUCAGUGUUCUCCAGGCUUCUAGUUCUCCUGCGCCGGUCCAGAACACCCUCUAUAGCAUCCGCUGGGCUCAUGAUUUUGCUGGUUUUGACUCUCCUACCAAUCAUACACUUCCCCAGAAGGUCGUGGAGUCCGCUAAGAGAAGGCUAUUACACCUCACUUCCAAAAAGCUCCCCAUUACACCCGAAAUUUUACUAACGUUUUUUCAGAGUCUCGAUGGAUCUUUGGUGGACACGAGAUUCAUCGCCAUGGCGUUACUGGCCUUUGCGGGGUUCUUAAGAUUUGACGAAUUGGCUAAUCUGAAACUUAAAGAUUUAGCUCUGCAUGACACCUCGUUUUGA